AUGGAUACCCAUGUGAAAGGAGGAGAGGUUUAUUUACAACACCAGAAACAUUCUGAGAAGUGGAAGCGGUACUGGCUGAACCUUUACCCAGGCAGCCGGAAUGGUGUGGCCCGGAUUGAGCUAACGGAAGCAGUUUCGGAACGUUCGCCAGUGAUGGUUCGGAGGCAGCCUGACCGCAAGGUGGUCCGGCUUGCUGACUGCAUCAGUGUGGUGAAACUCCCCCCCAAUGCUGAAGCCCACCCUGGUGGCAACAUGGCUGCCUUCUGCGUAUUAACAGAUGAGAAGAAGCUGGUGUUUGCAGUGGAAAAAGAAGGCUGUGGAGAAUGGGUGAACAAGAUCUGUGAGAAUGCCUUUCAGAAAGGCAUUAGUAAUGCGCCUCGCCAGGUCCCACACAUGGAGGAGAAUCAGAUCUAUGCUUCCAGAGAGGAAGUGUUUGAGUUUCGUGUGACAGUGCAGCAGUCAGAAGCCUCGGCGCGGUGCGGCCUGUGGGGAGAGUUUUGGCUGCAACCGAGUGAAGACUCACUGGUGCUCAAAGACGUCGACAGCAGGCAGGUCAUAAUGGGAUGGCCAUAUAAGCUUCUCCGCCGCUAUGGACGGGACAAGGUGAUGUUGUCAAUUGAGGCAGGCAGACGCUGUUCUUCUGGUCCUGGCACUUUUAACUUUGAAACAGUGCAAGGGGACGAGAUCGUCCGGCACAUGGAGCUGGCCAUCCAGCAGCAGAAGAACGGGAGUACCUUUGGAGGCAGCUGCUCUCCCCACUCUCCUGGAUCCCCUCUAUCCAGGCGCCCCUAUAGCGCCACCCUGCUGGACACUCAGAUGAACACCAGUUCUGACUCAAGCACAUAUUUUGGUUUCUCAAAUGCUACGUAUUCUAAUUCUGCAGUUCCUAUUGGCUCAGCUGAGGCAUCAGGUAUCAAACCUGCCAUUGGUUCAUCCAAGUCUACACACAGACAUUCCAAUGAUUACAUUUGCUUGCCUGAACCUGUGUAUUCCACUCCUGCUGAUGUCCUUUGUUUAGGUGAGUGUUUAUAUGCACAGCCAAUCAUGAGAUCACAAGAGCUUAGUCACCUUCGUAGAGAGUAUGAAGAGCCAGUGUACUCCGAGCCUCAUGAUGUCAUGCAACCCAGCCUUAUUCCUCAAACAUCUGUCUGUGCUCAUCCUACAAACAAAGUCAAACUUCCCAUCACCAUAGAAACACAUCACCAUGGCAGUCAGCCAGAACCAGUGUACUCUGAGGUGCGUCACAGCAUACCAAAGUCAAUCCAGGUUCAGAAUGAAGAAGAACAUAUCUACAGUUUACCGGAUGUAAGCACUAUUCCCCAAAGACAUGAAGAUUUUAAAUAUGGUGCUGUGAAAGAAACCAAGCAGGACACACAAAACAAGAAGGUGGAUGAAAUCAGCGUCAUUUACAGUCAAGUGAACAAACCACGAAAAAUCGCAAAGCCCCAAGACAAAAGCACAACUAACAGACCACAAAAUGUUAUGUCUGAAGACCUUGGACUGAUUUAA